AUGAAUACCACCUUGAGCGAGACAAAUGAAGCAAUCUCUGCUGAUAUUGUACUCCUGUACUUCCGUAUACAACGUAGAAAGAAUGACAAACAUGCAAAGGAACACAAAUAUCACAACACCAAACUAUACAAACUGUUUGCAGGUGGUGAAGUCUGGUUGUUGGUAGCUGACUGCAGAGAAACUGCUGUUAGAGCUGCAUGCUUGACAGAUCAGCAUCCAUGUCCAUAA